UUGGGGAGGAUAUUUGUGGUCGGUGUUCUGCUGUCUGCUUCUGUGUUGUGGGAGGUUUGAAGAUUUGUUGGAUGCCAUGCGCUAGGUGACGAUGUCGGUGUACUUUGACCGGUACAUAGACGACCAGCAGCGGGGCGUGCUGAAGGUGGGCCUCGAAUGGCACCGCGUCGCGCCGCUGGUGGCCGUCAGCUGGUACUCCGAACAGCAGGGCGGAGGCGUCAGCCUCUACAAUGACGAGGGUGAUCUGGUGCCGGGCCUCUCCGUGCCGGCCUCCAGCACACAGGUCACCGCCAUCGUCUGGCACCCGAUCAAGAAGGUGCUUCUGCUCGGAUGGGAGACUGGAGUGCUUCAGACCUGGAGCGAACACGACCGGGCGCUGACCGACAUCCAGAGUCUGCACAAGAGCCCGGUCACCCUGGCCAUGUGGAGCGCCGCCGGCGGACGGCUCAUCACUGCUGACACGUCGGGCACCCUGGUCGGCUGGAAGGGCGACGGCCAGUGCAACGUCACCGUGGUGUUCCAGCAUGACCUGAAGGACCCGCUGACCCAGCUGGUGUACCGCAGCGUGGAGGAGCACCAUCAGCAGCAGCCCAGCGUCGACCUCGGGGGGCUGGCCAAGGCAGCCGUUAGCGGAGACGAGGUGGCGCUCGACAUGUUCAGCUCGUGGAGACCCAAGACGUCGUCGACGCGCUUCCUGGUCGCCCGGCAGGAGAACCUCAACCUGUUCGUCGGCUCAGCAUCCGGCAUCAUUUACUACAUCACGGAGUCCGGCAACUGCAUGGAGGUGCUGCAGGCGGACGGCGCUAUCCGCUUCCUGCUCUUCUACGAGGGCAAGGAGGAGCUGGUGGUGGUGACGGAGACGAUGGUGCUGGGCGAGUUUCAGGUCGAGUACGACGGCACACUGACGGAGAUCACCAAGGUGAAGCUGUCGGGCCGUAACCAGGACAUGCAGCUGAGCUGGGCCGGGCCCGGCGUGCUGGCCGUGGCCACCGGCGAGCCGCACAUCCGGCUCUGGGACCUCGACAAGGGCGACAACUAUGCCGUCCGGCUCGACGGCCACUACUUCAACGAGCAGGACGCCGUCCUCUCACUGGCCUUCUGCCCGGGCAAGGCGGUUCUGGCUGCCGGCACCAGCAUGGGCAAGGUGGCCUUCUACAAGUACUUCAAGGUGGAGAAGGACGAGGAGCACAACUGGCACGUGCAGUACGUGGCCACCGUCAGCGGGCCGGCCAAGAUGUGCAGGUGGGGCAGCACCAAGAACCUGCUGGCCGUCAACACUGUGAAGGACGUCGUCAUCCUGCGGGAGCACCAGAUGUGCACCCACUUCAACGACAUGGUGUCGGCCGUGCAGGUGUCGCCCACUCAGCUCUCCAUAGACAUCUUCACCACCAAACAGCACAUGGAGCUGAAGUCGGACAUCCAGAUCCAGGGCACGUUCGUCGCCGUUGACCAGGUGGUAAUCUGGAGCGGCCGUCGCGUGGUUGUGUACGAGUUCUCGCCAGACGCCCAGCACGCUCGGGUGGUCGGUUCGUUCGAGUCGACCUGCGAGAUGGCGGCCCUCUACGAGACGAACCUCUACCUGGCCGACCAGGGAAACCUGGUCGUCACCAACUUCCAGGGUGCCGUGAAACAGAAGAUCGACUUCACCGACAAGGAGGGAGAAGCCAUGUACAUCGACAUCAACGGCACCUCGAUGGUGGUGGGCUCAGUGAACGGCGCCCUCAAGCUGUUCGACCUCUCGAGAAGAGAGCUGAGAAGUUUGGCUAACCCGAAGUUCAUCUCGGAGAGUGUGCCUGACUUCGGCGAGCUGAUUCAGUGCCGGGUGAACUGCAAGGGCACCAAAGUCAGCUGUUUGGUGGCUCAGUCGUCGCUGCUGCCAGACCCGAAGGUGUACAUCUGGGACGUGGACACAGACGCCGUCAGCUACUUCAACUUCAGCUCGGGCCGCGAGGACGAGGACGACCAGCGCGUGCCGCCCAACUCGGCCACCAGCACCGACUCGCGCGAGCUGACUGUCAUGGAGAGGACCAAGCUGGAGUCGUCGCGGAGUGUGGGCGGUCGGUUCGUGGUGAACCACUUCUGGGAGCCAAGCGACGCGCGGCUCUUCGUGUGCGAGGCCAAGCUGCUGCCGGACACUACCAAGCCGCCGCUGUCGUCCACGCUGCUGCUGAAUAAAACGUCCAGCGCGCAGGUCCGGCUGCAGAGCGAGCUGCUCAUCGUGUCCAUGUUCAGCACGUCGGAGAGCGGCGUGGUGGUGCAGGACUGGGUGCCGCUCGGCGAGCAGCACAGCCACGUGGUGGGCGUGGCCGUGCCCUACUUCUACCUGCUGCUCAAGCUCGACUCGCUCAUUCUGGACGCAGACAAGGACGCCGGCUCCUCCAUGUACUUGACGUCCAACCGGCCGUCCCAGAUCUCCACCCACGUGAUGCGCGACUUCCAAGGUCUGGAGAAUGCUGACAAGCCUACCAAGCAGGCUAUGAUGGAGUUCUCCUACCAUCUGAGCGUUGGCAACAUGGACGAAGCCUUCAAGGCCAUCAAAACCAUCAAGAGUCAGCAGGUGUGGGAGAACAUGGCGCGCAUGUGCGUCAAGUCCAAGCGCCUGGACGUGGCCUCCGUCUGCCUGGGCAACAUGGGCUUCGCCAGAGGUGCACGGAUGCUGAAGAUCGCCCAGAGUGAGCCAGAGCUGGACGCCCGGGUGGCCAUGCUGGCCGUUGUGUUGGACAUGACGGAGGAGGCGGCGCACCUGUACCAGCGCUGCGGCCGCUGGGACCUGCUCAACCGGCUGUACCAGGACACCGGCGAGAUGGAGAAGGCCAUCGAGCUGGCGCGUACCAAGGACCGCAUCCACCUGCGGCACACCUUCUACCGCUGCGCCAAGACGCUCGAGGCCAGAGGGGAGCUGCAGGACGCCGUGCCGUUCUACGAGCAGUCGGAGACGCACCGCUUCGAGGUGCCCCGCAUGCUGUUUGACGAUACGCUCGCGCUGGAGCAGUACGCCACACAGACCAAGGACAAGGGAGUGAAGCGCUGGUGGGCCCAAUACAUGGAGUCGACGGGCGACAUGGACACGGCCCUCGAGUACUACCAAGCGGCCGAGGAUUACCUGUCGCUGGCCAGGGUCUACUGCUACCUUAACGACCUGGACAAGGCGGCCAAGCUGGCCAACGACACCGGCGACAGGGCGGCCUGCUACCACUUGGCGCGCCAGUACGAGAACUCCGACAACAUAAAGGAGGCGAUCCACUUCUUCACGCGCGCACAAGCCUACGGCAACGCCAUCCGACUGUGCAAGGAGAACCAGUUCGACGAUCAGAUGCUGAACCUGGCGCUGAUGGCCGGGCCGCGCGAGCAGCUGGACGCCGCGCGCUACUUCGAGUCGCUCGGCAAGGGCGGCAUCGAGCGAGCCGUCAUGCUCUACCACAAGGCCGGCCUGCUCACCAAGGCCACCGACCUCGCCUUCAAGCACCAGCAGUUCAACGCUCUCCAGCUGAUCGCCAACGACCUGACGUCCGAGUGCGACCCGGCGCUGCUGCAGAAGUGCGCCGCGUUCUUCAUCGAGAACGGACAGUUCGACAAGGCCGUUGACAUGUUCGCCAUCUCCAAAAAGUAUGUGGAGGCGCUGGACCUGUGCGUAGAGCACAACAUACCCAUCACGGAUGAGGUGGCCGAGAGGCUGACCAUCCCUAAAGGCGAGGGCACUGACGACGAGCGCUCCCGGGUCCUGCUCAAGGUGGCCGAGUGCGCCUACGCCCAGAACAACUACGUCCUGGCCACCAAGAAGUACACCGAGGCUGGCGACAAGGUCAACGCCAUGAAGUCGCUGAUGAAGUCUGGGGACACCAAGCGGAUCAUCUACUUCGCCCAGACCUCCCGCGAGCGCGAUAUCUACAUCAUGGCGGCCAACUACCUGCAGUCUACCGACUGGCAGAAGAGCCCCGAGAUCAUGAAGUCCAUCACCACGUUCUACACCAAGGGCAAGGCUUACGACCUCCUGGCCGGCUUCUACGACGCCUGUGCCCAGGCGGAGAUAGACGAGUUUCAUGAUUACGAUAAGGCGCUGAGUGCUCUGACGGAGGCCUACAAGAGCUUCAGCAAGUCUCAGCAGGGCAACACUGGCGAGCUGGACAACCGAGGGGCCAACCUCCGCGAGAAGAUCGAGCUCGUCAAGAAGUUCGUCACAAUCCGAGGACACUUCCAGGUUAACCCGGACGAGUCGAUGGUGGCGGCGCGGGACUUCGCCAACGAGCUGCGUAAUGACGAGGCCGUGCGGCGCGGCGACCUGUACGCCAUGAUCGUCGAGUACCUGGCGCGGCAGCAGAAGUACGAGAUGGCGUACAAGGCUAUCGAGCAGAUGCGCCAGCGGUGCCCGGGCGCCCAGGUGGGGCACCACAUCAGCGAGCCGGUGCUGCUGGCCAUCCAGCAGGCCGUCGGCGUCCAGAUCAACCGGCAGUCGCGCGGCAACCUGUCCGGCGGCGGCUUCGACGCCAACAUCGAGAUCUCCGACGACGAGUGAGCCCGGCCGCGCCACGUGGCUGAGCCGGGCCGCGCCACACGGCUGAG